AUGAACAUGAACGUGCCCAUGGACAUUCUGAACACAGAGACAGCUAAGGUAGCGAUCGAUUACUGUAGGAAAGUGGGUAGGUAGCUACUAGCUAGCUAAGGGAACUGAAUUGAAAUGUGCCUGCACUUGCCCAAAGUCAUACGAGGGGAAAGCACGCAGGGGAGGAAAGAGCUCUGUGUCUUGCUUUCUUCUUGUAGUCGUUGUCUCUUUCUUCUCUUUCAUUUCAUCUCCAGCUUUUCCCUCCAAAACAUUCUUCUUCACUCCUCCUUCAUAAUACCCGGCAAACCAUAUCAACAACCCUAUCAACUACUCCUUUGUGAAUCACCUCCUCCUAAAAACUCACAAUUAUCGUUAACAGAACAUUCGUCACGAGGUUAUUCACUCUACUUUCAUCCUCCCCCUUCAAUUGCGUGCCCGCCACGCCUCUCGUUUAUAAAUAACAACUUCUCCCUUCCCCUCGUUGAUCGCCGUUAUCUCUCCAGACUCGACCCCGCACCUCUGCCACUGGCCAGCUCCACCAACACCAAGCAAUACCCUACAAGCCCCAUCCCAAUCCACUAUCCCGCGUCUGCAACUAGCUCCCACAGACAGCUCUCUACGAGUUCUCGACCCUCUCAACAUAUUUCCCACUUGCUCUCCCUCUCGUCCUUCUUCCUAAACAUAUAUAUCCUUUCCAGAAAGGAUUCAUCAAGCUACAAUUGCAACGAGCAGCUUCCAAAAAUGGCGAGUGCAUUCCCUGGCAUGAGAGAGCGUCGUCCCUCGACCAGUGCGCCGAUCUCUGAGCUCCAGGGACCGGUUGGCCCGGGUUUCUCGAGACCAAAGCACAAGAGAACAUUUACUGGCUUCGGAGCUGGUGAGAUUAAGACUGUUGAGGCUUCCAUCCCCGAACCCCAGCGUGCAGCAUGGAAGAAGUACGCACCCAACGGCUUCAAAGACAAGGAGGACUUCGAGAAAGAGGUAGUCAGACAUGUCGAAACCACACUUGCUCGUAGCAUGUUCAAUUGCGACGAGACUGCCGCCUACGCCGCUGCUAGUUUGGCUUUCAGAGACCGUCUCAUCACCGACUGGAAUCGCACACAACAGAGACAGACUUUUGCUGAUAGCAAGAGAGUCUACUACCUCAGCUUGGAGUUCUUGAUGGGCAGAGCUUUGGACAAUGCUAUGCUGAAUGUAGGGCUCAAGAAUGUUGCUAAGGAGGGACUUUCCGACCUUGGUUUCCGUAUCGAAGAUAUCAUUAACCAAGAACACGAUGCUGCGCUUGGAAACGGUGGUCUUGGACGACUGGCAGCUUGUUUCCUCGACUCAAUGGCUUCUCUCAACUACCCAGCUUGGGGCUACGGACUGAGAUACAGAUAUGGUAUUUUCAAGCAAGAAAUUGUGGAUGGAUACCAAGUCGAAGUUCCUGACUACUGGCUUGAUUUCAAUCCUUGGGAAUUUCCCAGACACGAUAUCGUCGUAGAUAUCCAAUUCUACGGUCACGUCAGAAAAUACCAGGACGCGGAAGGCGUUAGCAAGGUUUCUUGGGAAGGCGGAGAGAUCGUCAAGGCUGUUGCCUAUGAUGUGCCAGUCCCAGGUUUCGACACUGCGACUACCAACAAUUUGCGUCUCUGGUCCAGCAAAGCCGCCAGUGGAGAGUUCGAUUUCCAGAAGUUCAACAGCGGUGACUAUGAGAGCUCCGUUGCAGACCAACAGCGCGCAGAGACCAUCAGCGCUGUCCUGUAUCCUAACGAUAACCUCGACCGUGGUAAGGAGCUUCGCUUGAAGCAACAGUACUUCUGGGUUGCUGCAUCGUUGUACGACAUUGUCCGCCGAUUCAAGAAGUCCAAGCGUGCGUGGAGCGAAUUUGCCGACCAGGUUGCCAUUCAGUUAAACGAUACCCAUCCAACACUUGCUAUUGUUGAGCUUCAGCGUAUUCUCAUUGACCAAGAAGGCCUUGAAUGGGACGAGGCAUGGGGCAUUGUCUCGCAGACUUUCGGCUACACCAACCACACAGUUCUCCCGGAAGCACUUGAGAAGUGGUCUGUUCCACUUUUCCAGAACUUGCUCCCAAGACAUCUCCAGAUCAUUUACGAGAUCAACUUGCUCUUCCUACAAAGCGUUGAGCGCAAAUUCCCCAAUGAGAGAGAUCUUCUUUCACGAGUGUCAAUCAUCGAGGAAUCGCAGCCGAAGAUGGUCCGCAUGGCUUACUUGGCUAUUGUCGGAUCCCACAAGGUCAACGGUGUUGCAGAAUUGCAUUCUGAUCUGAUCAAGACGACCAUCUUCAGAGACUUUGUCAAGGUUUUCGGUCCCGAUAAGUUCACUAACGUGACAAACGGUAUCACCCCAAGACGUUGGUUGCACCAAGCCAACCCCAGACUUUCUGAGUUGAUUGCAAGCAAGACUGGAGGUAGCCUUGGAUUCCUCAAGGAUCUCAACAAUCUCAACGAGCUCGAGAAGUAUGUUGAUGACAAAGAUUUCAAGAAGGAAUGGGCAGAGAUCAAGUACGCCAACAAGGUCCGCCUUGCGAAGCAUAUUCAGACUACGACUGGUGUUACAGUCAACCCAGCUGCUUUGUUCGAUAUCCAAGUCAAGCGGAUACACGAGUACAAGCGUCAACAAAUGAACAUCUUUGGUGUCAUUCACAGAUAUCUCACAAUCAAGUCAAUGACCGCAGCGGAGAGAAAGAAGCUUGCACCAAGAGUAUCGAUCUUUGGUGGUAAGGCUGCACCUGGAUACUGGAUGGCAAAGACCAUUAUCCAUCUCAUCAACAGCGUUGGUGCUGUCGUUAACAAUGACAAGGAUGUUGGAGAUCUCUUGAAGGUCAUCUUCUUGGAGGAUUACAAUGUCUCGAAGGCUGAGAUCAUUAUCCCCGCGAGUGAUAUCAGUGAGCACAUCUCGACUGCUGGUACUGAGGCAAGUGGUACUUCAAAUAUGAAGUUUGUCUUGAACGGUGGUUUGAUUAUCGGUACUUGUGAUGGAGCCAACAUCGAAAUCACCCGUGAAAUUGGCGAGAACAACAUCUUCCUCUUCGGGAACUUGGCCGAGGACGUUGAGGAUCUUCGCCAUGCCCACAACUACGGCUCCCACACUCUCGACCCUGAUCUCAGCGCCGUUUUCGAGGCCAUCAAGAAGAACACCUUCGGAGAUGCCAACUCAUUCGGUGCUCUUGUCGGAGCUAUCGAAGAGCAUGGCGACUACUACCUCGUCUCGGACGACUUCCACAGCUACAACCAGACCCAAGCUCUGGUUGACGAGGCCUACAAGAACCAAGAUGAGUGGCUCACCAAGUGCAUUACCAGCGUGGCUCGCAUGGGUUUCUUCAGCAGUGAUCGUUGCAUUAAUGAGUAUGCGGAGAGUAUCUGGAAUAUUGAGCCGUUGACUCCCGGACAGUCAGGUGGUUCCGGGUUGCAGAAGGGCGAGUUGUAGAUGUGGUGGGUAGAAUAGAGCAUCUAGAUAUAGCUAGAGUAUACGGAACGAAAAUGACGUGGGCUUGGGUUGGAUUCGACGACUUGGGACAUUGGGGUGGUAGUUAUUGGGCAGAUAGGGGUUAAUGAGCACACAAAGAUUUUACGGCCGUCAAAUAAGUUUUCUGUCCAACGAUUGUGCUGCUUGUGACUAUGCUAACACCUCAAGAGUUCUAUAUCGUCUCAAUAUCUGGAGGGUUCUGGAAGACUACUUGUAAUGAGAGCCAGGGAUGUAAGAAUGUGAAUGCGAAGUUUUUGAAUGUCUAGUAUCUCUUCGAAACUUAUCAAAUACAGAAUCCUCGCAUUUGGAGACUUGAUAUCGAGAUGACAUGAAUGUUAAAGCAGGUGGUUGAGAAUGAGACUUUAUCAAAGUGAAGACUCAAAGUAAAAACUUAUUGAGCCCUCGAAUGGUGGACAUAAGUUACUUUACUUAUUUGACACUCAAGAAGUCUGAAUGUAGCGACAUGACUGGGAAAUUGUUAUUAUUUGAAUACCCCAGAUCUGAAUCAUCAUCACUUCUCCAAAUUCAAAUCCAUCCACAUCCACCAUCCAAGGCACUGUGGGCUAAGGUAGAUGCGGAAAUCAGAGGAGAGGGUCUGGAUUUUGGGG